AUGUCUCGCAGCAUCCCAGCAUCGCUAUCAUCCCUCGAAUCAAAACACAGCCGAUCAUGGGUUCUAAACGAGCCCUUUGCGCAGCCCUUCUAUCGGUUCGAGAAGAAUGGGAGAAGAUGGGUGCCUGUUCCAGUACAAGUACAACAGGUACAGCAGGUACAUGACAACGACACAGCAGGCGCAGCAUCAGCAUCGUCACUGCCAUCCAAAUUCCGGCUCAUCACAUGGAAUAUCGAUGCGCAGGUUCCACACGCCGAGGAGCGUAUGGCCGGCGCUCUCACGCAUCUGGAGAAGCUCUACAGACAGACUACUUCUACUACUACUACGGCGGACACUCCCGUCGUGAUCUUCCUGCAGGAAAUGCUGCCGUCCGAUCUCCAGCAGAUCAAACAGGCGGGUUGGGUGCGAGAGCAUUUCCACGUCACUGAUCUGACGCCCGAAUUCUGGGAGAGCCCGUACUAUGGCACGACCACGUUGGUUGACAAGCGGCUUGUCGUGCAGCGCGUGUUCCGGGUGCACUACUGCGACACGAGGAUGCAGCGUGAUGGGCUGUUUGUGGAUGUUUUGGUGGGAGCGGAUACUCGGGGUACAGCUAGCGGUGCUGGAGUAGAACCGCUUCUUCUGCGUCUCUGCAACACCCAUCUCGAAAGCCUCGUCUCCAACCCUCCUCUUCGACCGAAACAGAUGAAACUAGCAUCGACAUUCAUGCACGGCUCUGGAUCCGUCAAUGGCCUUCCCCCGCCUCACGCAGCCGCCCUCGCCGGCGAUCUCAACGCCUUCGCGCCCGAAGACCGCACCGCGCCCAUCGAAUGCGGUCUGCAGGACGCCUUCCUCGUCCUCGGCGGCAGGGACGAUACCGACGAGGCCUACACCUGGGGCCAGCAGGUACCCGAGGAGUUGCGCCGGCGGUUCGGCUGCAGCAGGAUGGACAAGGUCCUGUUCUGUGGAGGGCUGCGAGUGACCGGUCUGGAGAGGAUUGGGGAGGGAGUCAAGGUCAAAGCUCGCGGCGAGGAAGUUUGGGUUACGGAUCAUUUGGGUUUGAUGGCUGAUUUUACUGUAACGUGA